GCGGAGCUUUCCUCCGCACACGUGUUCCUGAUGGGUGCUUUAACUCCGAGCGCUGCUUUCUAUUGGUUACCAGCGUGAUUGACAGAUCAGCAGCCAACCAGGUACCGCCAUUCUCCCCGCGUAGCCAAUGAGAGUCAAGGGCGGGCGGCGGCGCCAAGCGUGCGGCUCAGUUGAAUGUGCCGGGGCGACGGCUGCGGGAGGACAGCAUUUUAGAAUGCCAAAAAUGAUCGUGGAAAAAAAAGAAAAGAAGGCAGAAAAAAAAGAAAAGAAGGCAGAAAAAAGAAAAAAGCUGAAGGAAGAUGUGGCCCAAAAGGAUGAGCUAGAAUUGGAAACCAAACCAAAGAAGAAGAAGAAGCAGCAGAAGCUGCAGGCUACAAAAGAAGAGGAAGAGCUUAUUGCAGAGGAAGAGGAAGAACUUACUCCAGAGGAAAAGAGAAAACUGGAAAGAAAAUUAAAAAAAGAGCGCAAGAAGAAGGAGAAACAGCUGAUGAGGGAAGCUGGAAUCCCCAUAAAAAAGGUGGAGCCCAAAAAGCCAUCGGGAUGUGAGCGGGCUCUGGCCUAUUUAACCAGCUGGUCUAAAAACCCAGAAAAAUGGAAGUUUCAGAAGACAAGACAGACGUGGCUUCUCCUGCAUAUGUAUGAUAAAGAGAAGGUUCCAGACAAGUAUUUCACCAUUUUACUGGAUUAUCUGCAAGGGCUUCAGGGCAAUGCACGAGACAAAACUGUGCAGAAAGCUGAAGCUUUUAUGAAGGAAUUUGAUGGUUCUGAUGGAGAAGACCCAAACGUGCUGGGGAAGUGUGAGCGCAUCAGACAAGUUCUACAACUGCUGUCCUGAGAGUAUUUCUGUGUCAUAAUUGUUGUCUGGUGAGGGAAGAAAAGGAUGUCACACACUGAGGCUGUAAAGAAUUUGUAAAGAUAAUACUGAAUUUUAUGCUCGUAAUUUUUUCCAAUUGAAAAUAUUCAUCGUGUUUUGAGGUGAUGAAAUAAAAAUAACAUAUAUAGUCCAUA